ACGUUGUGACGCACUAAGUGGCGUAAUGAAGAAGUCUUACCACAAAUGCCAGUUCUUUCUUCCUCCGCAACUUUUCAGUGAAGACAACUGAUUCCAUUUCGUUCUUCUCUCCAUUUGCACUACAGGUUACAACAAUCACGCCACUCUCACCUGCUCCACUCUUCUACAGGUAAACAAAACAGAUUCACUUCAACCUUGGUCGUCGGAAUUUGGAGAAGAUGGAGCUCGUCGAAACAGCAGCCAACCUCCGUUCUCACUUCCUUCAAGUUCUUCGUAGUCGCCGUUCUCCUGAAGUUCCACUUCAGACACUACCUGCAAAGCCAGUGGUAAAACCCUUAUAUCAGGGAAUACCACCAUCACAAUCUAGUGAGGCAAUGGAAUUAUGCCCAAAAGCACACAUUCAUAACUUCAAGGAACUGUUCAAUGAAGAAAACUUUUACUUAACCACUGAGGAAGGAGAACAAGGGCGAUUACCUGUGCUCAUUUUGAGCAAGAAAGAAACCACACAUUCUAAAAGACCAGCUGUUGUUUUUCUACAUAGCUCAAAUACAUGCAAAGAGUGGCUACGCCCUUUACUUGAGGAUUAUGCUUCACGUGGAUAUAUUGCAGUUGCCAUUGAUUCUCGUUACCAUGGAGAACGUGCCAAAAACCAUACCACUUAUGAACAUGCUCUUGUUUCAUCAUGGAAAAGAGGUGAUACAAUGCCAUUUAUAUAUGACACGGUGUGGGACCUUUUAAAGUUGGCAGAUUAUCUAACUGAAAGAGAUGAUAUAGACCAUUCCAGGAUAGGAAUCACUGGGAUAUCAUUUGGAGGAAUGCAUGCAUGGUUUGCUGCUUUUGUUGAUACACGUUAUUCAGUGGUUGUCCCCAUAAUUGGUGUUCAGGGAUUUCGGUGGGCCAUAGAUAAUGAUCAAUGGCAUGCUCGAGUUUACAGUAUUAAGUCUGUGUUUGAAGAAGCAAGGAUUGAUUUAGGGAAAAGUGAUAUUGACAAAGAGGUUGUGGAAAUGGUUUGGAACAGAAUUGCUCCUGGUUUAGGAUCUGAGUUUGACUCGCUUCCUACAGUCCCACUCAUUGCGCCACGCCCUUUGUUGAUUAUAAAUGGUGAAGGCGAUACCCGUUGCCCAAUGGAAGGUCUUGAUGUUACCAUAUCAACAACACAAAAGGCUUAUGAAGAUGCCAAAUGUUUGAAUCAUUUCAAGGUGAUAGUGGAAGUAGGAAUUGGACAUAACGUGACAUCAUCAAUGCUUAAAGAAGCGAGUGAUUGGUUUGACAAGUUUCUGAAACCGUAGAAAUUUCUCAUGCAUAGCUAUGUAUCUUAUGCUCGACUGAAUAUUGUUGUUUGUAUUAAACACAUGAAAAAGCCUACCAAUAAAAAAAUUAUCACAAAUUCGAUUAUGCA